AUGGCUGCGCACUUGCGGCAGAAGAAGAGGCUCAGCUUUCAGCGUCCACGUCUCGGGGACGUUCAGUCGCUCUCGCAUUCACCUCCUCCGGGUGUCCGUUCCCUCCUCUCUCCUGGCGACAACGAUGAAGCUGCUGCCUGCUGCUGUGAAGCAUCCGCCAGUUUGUUGCUCUUCAAGCUUGCCCGUCAGUCACCUGCGGCUGACACAAUGGUGUCGCCCGAGCUACUCAGAACUCAUGGCAAGCAGCUUGGUCCGCUGGAGGAUGAUGUCGGACGAAGCGCAGAGUGUCAUGGGCAUAGUGACGAGUUUCGACUCCCCUUGCUGAUCAGUCUGCGUUGGGCGCUGGCAUCGCUGCGCACUUGCGCCGGAAGAAGAGGCUCAGCUUUCAACGUCCACAUCUCGACGACGUUCAGUCACUCUCGCAUUCACCUCCUCCGGCUGUCCAUUCCCCCCUCUCUCCUGCCCACAACCACACAAUGGUGUCGCCCGAUUAACUCAGAACUCAUGGCAAACGCUUGA